GGCAUGCCGUGACCCUAUAAAGAAGAGAAUCUUCCCUCGACUUUCAAUCUCGUCGUUAUCAACAGCCACUCAUCCUUCAAUCCACUCAGCAUCAACAACCGUCCAGAAAUAAAUCUCCACAUCAUUCAUCAUGAGCUCACCCCAGACUAUUCUGGUCACCGGAGCCAACCGUGGCAUUGGCCAGGGCAUCGUGACGGCUCUCCUCCUGAAGCCCUCCACCACUGUCAUUGCCGCCGUCCGUGAUACUUCCAAAGAAUCUUCCAUCGCACUGGCCAACCUCCCCAAGGCCGCCGAUUCUCGCCUUAUCACUGUCAAGCUGGACUCGAGUGUGGAGUCCGACCCUGCGGCCGCAGUGGAGACCCUACGAAAAGAACACGGCAUCCAGUCUCUGGACGUUGUCGUUGCGAACGCAGGCAUUGCCCAUUCCGGCGGUACCGUGCUCCAAGGCUCUCCCAGUGUCAUCACCGAGCACCUGGCCGUCAACGCCGUCGGGCCCGUGGUUCUCCUCCAGGCCACUGCGCCACUGCUCAAGGCUGCCAAGAACCCUCGCUUCAUCUCUAUCUCGACUAUGAUUGGGAGCCUCAACGGAAUGCAGAUGGUCGUCGGGCUGUUCGCCGAGGCCCCUCCCACCGCCAGCCCGUACGGAGGAAGUAAGGCUGCUCUCAACUGGUUCAUGCAACGGGUCCACUUUGAGGAGCCUUGGUUGACCAGCUUGAUCCUGCACCCGGGCUUGGUCCUGACCGACAUGGCCAACAUCAUGUUCGAAAAGGCGGGAGUGGACCCCAAGACUAAGGGUGCCAUUACGGUCGAGGAGAGUGCCGCUGGCAUCGUUGAGAGACUCAUCACGGCCGACAGAUCGGUCAGUGGUACGUUCCAAAACUACGACGGCAAGCCCCUUCCGUGGUAAGCCGGUGGGCAGGUCUAGAGGGAAUUCGUAUUCUAGAAUGUAUUGAACCUAUGUAGUC